UGAUAUAUAGUAAAUUUUUAUAAAUGCUUGAAAGUAAUAUAAGUUCUCUUAAUUGUUCCAUGCAAGGAUAUAAAAUCAUCAGAUCAAACCUGUCUAUUUUGUAUUCAGAGCUAUAUCUUUAAAUUUCUUUAACUGCUUGAUCAGCAGAGAAAAGUGUGUUAAAAUCUCUAUUGUGACUGUUUACCUGUAUCAGACAGGGUCCCAUCAGGAUGCAAAAACUACACAGUAACUUGAAAAGAGAAAGCUUAGUGUAUAGAAUUAUUAACAGAAGGUUGGACUAACUGGGAAUUGGUUAAUAAGAGUUGAAGAUAACUCUAAAGAUCAUAGGAAUAACAGCUGUAGGGAGCAGCCACCACCUCUACGGUUGAGAUAGAUCAUCCUAAGAAGAGCUGUCUUCCCCUUCAUUAGAAAGAGCAUGGCUGGGGCUAACUGAAUGGUGAAGUUGUUAAGUGCUUUGCUGGUGACAGUGCUUUGAAUCUGGCAGAGGAGGUGCAUAGGGAGCUCCUGGAUGGUGCUGGCUGUCAAAUGCUGUGGGAUCCAAGAGUUGGAGAAGCUGCCUUCUCCAUGAGCCUAGCAGGAGCAAGCUGUGUCCUUUGUAAUGGAAACCUCAUUUAUAGGAGGCAAGCAUGUAGAAAAAUUGUGCCCUGCAGGAGCCUACUGCUGGAGAAACUGUCUGCUGCAGGAACUGAAUGCUGGAGGAAGCAUGCUCUGUAGGAGCCUGGCUAGCCAGGCACACUGAAGCUAGGAAGAGAAACCUCCUUCCUUGGCAGUGUCCCUCCAGCAGUCUCUGAUGACAAAGCUUAACAUUGUGCCGAUUAGCAAAGCAAAAGUAUUUACAAGGCCCACUUCCAUUAUCACAGAAGGGUGGAUUUGGAAUUGAGAGGCAAAGUUGCCACAGUUCCUUUAACUUUAUAUGUGUACAUAGCGAGAAACCACAUAUAUAACUUCUUUUGAUGACUUCUUUAUACUAUUAUAUUUAUUAUUCUCAGAAAUAAUUUUGAAGAACUUUUAAUGCAACAUACGAUGUGACUAAGAAAAGAGCAGUAACUGUCUUAAAUUUAUAAGUAAUUUUUAAAAAAUACCUUCGGUGGUGGGAGGCUUAGAGAUUAAGGUGUGGAGACAAUGGUCCUGCAAACAAUUGGAGAAAAAUUUAAGACAGAUGAGGGACAAAAGAUCCAGGAUUUGUGAGGUCUUUUUUAUUUAUUUCCCAGUUUUAACUUACUAGGCCAAGUAGAAUCUUUUUUUUUGUUUUCUUUUUAAGUAAUACCUGCCAGUAGUAAAAACUAAAGCUGUGUGAAGCAAUAUGCAAUGAAAACUUUGGUCUAUUUGAUCUCUGUUUAACCAAAUCAUUAGAUUAGCUGAUUUCCAUUCGGUAAAAAACCCGUUGACUGAUGCUUCCCACUCCACAUGACAGUUUAUAGCUAGUAGUAGAUUACUGUGAUGAAGCCUAUGAGUUCCUGCUCCACCAGUUGAGUUUUGCUUAACCAAGAGUCAGUUGUGUUAUUUGCCAAAUAUGAUUAUGCUGUUUGUACUUUUUGUUAUUAUGGUAGUCUAUAUUAUAGCAGAGUUAAUUAAUCAUAUCAGCUAAUUGGAAAAAAUGUUGGCAUGGGGAAUGUGGGGAAUAAAAAAGAUAUAUACCUUAAUUUUAUUUAAAGGAAUAACAUAAAUUUUUUGUGUGUGUGUGAGGAAGAUCGACCCUGAGCUAUCAUCUGCCAAUCCUCCUCUUUUUGCUGAGGAAGACUAGCCCUGGGCUAACAUCCAUGCCCAUCCCGCCACAGCAUGGCUUGACAAGUGGUGCGUCGGUGCGCGCCCGGGAUCCGAACCGGUGAACCCCAGGCCGCCACAGCAUAGUGCAUGCAUUUAACCGCUUGCGUCACCGGGCCGGCCCCGGGAAUAACAUAAAUUUUAUCUCUUGUGGUAGAACCGUGACCUUUUCUUUGAAUGUGAAUCCAGUGAUUAGAGUUCUGACUUUUUUCUUGCAUAAAUCAUACCCAUAAGACAUUAGUUAUGAUUUUCAGCACUUUUUUCAUUAAAGUGGAGUAAGAACUUAGAUACUUGUGAAUCAGUCUGCGUACAGACUAGAUUUUUCUCUUCCAGUAUUUUGGAUUAUCUACUCCUCAGUUGAUUUGACAAGCAGUUGUGUAUGUGUCUUGCUACUUACCUUUGAGUCUUUAAUUUUAUUUAUUUAUUUAUUUUCCCUCAAAGCCCCAGUAGAUAGUUGUAUGUCAUAGCUGCACAUCCUUCUAGUUGCUGUAUGUGGGACGCAGCCUCAGCAUGGCCAGAGAAGCGGUGCGUCCGUGCGUGUCCGGGAUCCGAACCCCGGGCCGCCAGCAGCGGAGUGCGCACACUUAACCGCUAAGCCACGGGGCCGGCCCUACCUUUGAGUCUUUGCAAAGCAUUCAACCUGAUUUUCACUGGAAAAUUACCCUUUGAUGGCGACUAUCAAAAGGAAAUAGGAUCAUGGCAGCAGAUGAUGACAAUGGUGAUGGAACAAGUUUAUUUGAUGUCUUUACUGCCUCUCCUCUUAAAAAUAAUGAUGAAGGUUCUUUGGACAUAUAUGCUGGAUUGGACAGUGCUGUUUCUGAUGGUGCUUCCAAAUCCUGUGUGCCAUCCAGAAAUUGUUUGGAUUUGUAUGAAGAAAUUCUGACUGAAGAAGGAACUGCAAAGGAGGCAACGUAUAAUGAUUUGCAAGUAGAAUAUGGGAAAUGUCAGACGCAAAUGAAAGAGCUAAUGAAAAAGUUUAAGGAAAUACAGACACAGAAUUUCAGCUUAAAAAAUGAAAACCAAUCUCUUAAGAAGAAUAUUUCUGCACUUAUCAAAACUGCCAGAGUGGAAAUAAACCGCAAAGAUGAAGAAAUAAAUAAUCUUCACCAAAGAUUGUCUGAGUUUCCGCAUUUUCGAAAUAAUCAUAAGACUGCAAGGACAUCAGAUAUAAUUAAAACAAAAGAUCUUAAAUCCAGAUCUCCCCAUUUGGAUGAUUGUUCAAAGACUGAUCACAGAGUGAAAAGUGAUGUUUCUAAAGAUGUACAUCAUAGCACUUCACUGCCAAACCUCGAAAAAGAAGGAAAGUCACAUUCUGAGAAAAAGAGCACUUUGCAUUUGCCUACAUCUAUUGAAAAACACUGCACCAAUGGCAUUUGGUCACGUUCCCAUUAUCAGGUUGGUGAGGGUAGCUCAAAUGAGGAUAACAGAAGAGGGAGAAAAGAUGUUAGACAUAGCCAAUAUAGCAGAGGAACUGAUAGAAUACGAAAAGACUUAAAAAUGAGCUGUGGUGAUGGUGAACCGAGGAACAUAGAGGCUAGUCAAAGGCUACAAGGACGUCCUGAGAAAUAUGGUAAAGGUGAACCAAAGACUGAGAACAAAAAUUCAAAGUUUAAAAGUAACACAGAUUUGGAUUAUAAAAAUGAACGCCUUAGCUCUUCUUGGGAGAAAGAGACCUCUAGAGAAAGGUCACACACUAGAGUAGAAUCUCAAAGUGACAAAAAACUGGAAAGACAAAGUGAAAGAUCACAAAAUAUAAAUAGAAAAGAACUUAAAUCACAAGACAAAGAAGAAAGAAAAGUUGAUCAAAAACCUAAAUCAAUAGUAAAAGACCAGGAUCAUUGGAGAAGAUCUGAACGUGCAUCAUUUCCUCAUUCCAAGAAUGAAAUAACAAAAUCUUCUCAUAAUUCAGGUAAAUACCAUCUGGAAGAGAGAAGAGGAAGGGAAGAGUGUAAAAGAGACAGGGGUGUAAGUAAUCAUAGUUUUCAAGAAGGAAGAUGUCUAUCCUCUCUUUCAACCAGUAGAACUCACAAACACAUUGACUCCAAGGAAGUGGAUGCUGUGCACCAAUGGGAAAAUACACCUUUAAAAGCAGAAAGGCAUAGAACUGAAGAUAAGAGGAAAAGAGAACGAGAAAGCAAAGAAGAAAAUAGACAUAUGAGAAAUGAAAAAAGAACACCUACAGAGCAUUUGCAGAAGACUAACAAGGAAACUAAGAAAACCACUCCUGAUUUAAAGAGACAGAAUGAGCCAAAAAAUGAUAAAGAUGUAGUCUCUAAUAAUGAUGUUUCUGAAGAAGCAGAUAAUAAAGAGCUUGCAGUUAAAGCUGAGAGUGGUCCGAAUGAAACAAAAAACAAAGACUUAAAGUUGAGUUUUAUGGAAAAAUUGAACUUAACUCUUUCUCCUGCUAAGAAGCAGCCUGUUUCUCAGGGUAAUCAGCAUAAAAUAACCAAUACUCCCAAAUCCAAUGGCAUAUGUGACUUAGACUCCUUGGUGCAGGCUAAAACAGUGACAUGUGUUCCCUCUGUCAAUGAACAUAUCACAGAGGAAACCAAAUCAAAGUUAUUGGAGCCAAAGGAUGCUAUUGCAGCAGAAUCUGAACCCAGGACCAGUAUUCCAGAGAGGAAAAUGGAAGAAAAUAGGUUGUUAGUUAAAUCUGUUGAGAAUACUAUGCAUUAUGACAUGCCCAGUUGUGGUACCGAGACUUCCGUCUUAGCACCUGUGGAAAUGGGAAAAACAGAAUCCUUGUUUCCAUCAUCAACAGAAAUGGAACAAACCAUUAAUGGUGCAAGGGCAGCAGUUCCUGUGGUAAUGGACAUAUUACAAAGAAAUGUUUCUCAAAACUGUGGCUUGGAAUUGGAUAUCAAAAGAAAUGAUGGUUUAAAUUCUUGUAGUAUUUCUGAAGGUAUGGAAGUAAAGGAGGCAUUUUCAACCAAAGUGGCUGAAUCCAAUGAAAGCAUUUUGCAGCCUUCAAUUGAAGAAGAUGGCAUUUUGCCAAUAGUCCUUUCAGAAGAUGGUAACCCAAAAUUUGAGCCUUCUCUUGUAGAUUCACCACUGGUUGAGAGUAAGUCUUGUCAUUUGGAGCCUUGCUCACCUAAAGAGACUCUAGAAUCUUCACUUCAGCAGACUGAGUUAAUGGACCACAGAAUGGAAAUUGGUGAAACAAACUCAGUAUAUCAUGAUGAUGAUAACUCAGUUAUGAGCAUUGACCUUAAUCACCUGAGACCUAUUCCAGAAGCCAUCAGUCCUCUGAAUAGUCCAGUGAGACCUGUAGCAAAAGUCCUUAGAAUGGAAAGCCCAUCUCAAGUUCCAUUAUAUAAUAAUAGUCAUAAAGAUGUGUUUCCACCAGAUUCAGCUCAUUCUACCUCCAACAGUCAGUCUGAUCUCAAUAAGGAAAAUCAAAAGCCAGUUUGCAAAUCUGAGAAAUUUACAGAAGCAGACUCCCUUAAGAAUUCAUCUUUAGAUGAAUUAGAAGAAGGAGAAAUUAUAAGUGACAAUGAAAAAUCUAAACCACAAAAAAGUUUUGAAAAAAAUGCCAAACCUACAACUUCUACUGAGGUGCAGCACGUAAAAACUAGCCCAGGAAGUAGGAAAAGUACUGUGCGUUUGGAUAAAGACAAUAAGAAAACAUCUGUAAAAAUCCAUCAGACCAAAAGCAAAUGGAAUCAAAGACAAAGUGAAUCUAGCAGAUCUUCAAAAACAGAGAAGAAAGAUAAGACAAUGAGCACUUCGAGCCUGGAAAAAAUAGUUCCAAUCAUUGCUGCACCCUCUUCUGAACGAGAGGUUAUGCACAUGUUACGAAUGAUAAGAAAACAUGUAAGGAAAAAUUAUAUGAAGUUCAAGGUAAAAUUUUCAUUAAUACAAUUUCAUAGAAUUAUUGAUUCAGCAAUUUUGAGUUUUACAUCACUAAUUAAACACCUUGACUUAUCCAGAAUCUCUAAGUCAGUGACUACUUUGCAGAAGAAUCUCUGUGAUGUUAUAGAAUCUAAACUUAAGCAAGUUAAAAAGAAUGGCAUAGUAGAUCGUUUAUUUGAACAGCAACUACCAGAUAUGAAAAAAAAAUUGUGGAAAUUUGUAGAUGAACAGCUUGAUUAUUUGUUUGCAAAGCUUAAGAAAAUCUUAGUAAAGUUUUGUGAUUCCAUCAACUUUGGCAGCGACAGUGAUGAAGGAAAACUUGAAAAGAUAAGUAAAGAGAAAGCACAAUAUUUAAAUUGUCAGAAGGGGAAUGUGGACAACUCCAGCAAAGAAACACUGAAGGAGACAUCCCCCAAAUCAGAAGAUUCUGUUUAUUAUAAGUCUUUAGUGGGAUGUAAAAAAUCUGAGGAAAAACAUCAAGACCAAAAUAGUUUCAGUAUCAACACAGUAAAGUAUGACAUUAAAAAAAAUAUUAACAGUUGCUUUGAUAAUAUUAAGAAUUCUCAAUCCAAAGGGCACUCCUUAGAACCAAACUGCCUGAGCACCCCAAAGCCAGGAAAAAUGGAAGGAAACACCGUGGAGGAUGCACAGACGUCCCAGCGUGCUGCUCUGAAGCCAGAACGCAGUUUUGAGAUUCUUACUGAACAGCAAGCUUCUAGCCUUACUUUUAAUUUAGUCAGUGAUGCACAGAUGGGUGAAAUAUUUAAAAGUUUGUUGCAAGGUUCUGAUCUUUUGGACAACAGUGUUAACUGUAGUGAAAAAAGUGAGUGGGAGUUCAAGACUCCAGAGAAACAGCUGCUAGAGAGUCUUAAGUGUGAAUCUAUACCAGCUUGUACAACGGAAGAGCUAGUUUCAGGGGUGGUUUCUCCGUGUCCUAAAAUGAUUAGUGAUGAUAAUUGGUCAUUAUUAUCAUCUGAGAAAGCUCCAUCUCUGUCUUCAGGGCUUUCGUUGCCAGUUCAUCCUGAUGUGUUGGAUGAAAGUUGUAUGUUUGAAGUGUCCACAAACAUUGCUUUAAGUAAAGAUAAUGUAUGUAGUUCAGAAAGGAGCAAGCCCUGCAUUUCUUCCAUUCUUCUUGAAGAUCUAGCAGUCUCUUUAACAGUACCAUCACCUCUGAAGUCAGAUGGUCAUCUCAGUUUCUUAAAGCCAGAAGUUUUGUCUAGUUCAACUCCUGAAGAAGUUAUUAGUGCCCAUUUUAGUGAAGAUGCUUUACUUGAGGAAGAGGAUGCAUCUGAACAAGAUAUUCAUUUAGCUCUGGAGUCUGAUAAUUCAAGCAGUAAAUCAAGUUGUUCGUCAUGGACAAGCCGGUCUGUUGCUCCCGGCUUUCAGUACCACCCUAAUCUACCCAUGCAUGCUGUCAUAAUGGAAAAGUCCAAUGAUCAUUUCAUUGUGAAAAUACGGCGUGCAGCACCGUCUACCUCCCCUAGUCUUAAACAAAAUAUGGUGGCUGAUGAAUCAUUGGCAUCUUUGCCCAGAGUGGAAAAGGAAGCUGAUGAAGCAGCAGAGAAAGAAUAUACUUCAUGUCAGAAUAGAGUUUUUAAAUCUGUGGAGGAAUUGAAGAAAACCUACAAAAAUGUUGAUAGCAGUAAAUCAGCUCAUGAAGAACAGGACUGUAUGAUACAAUCACAGGUUCCUGAUAUAUAUGAAUUUCUUGAAGAUGCUUCAGGUAAAGUGGGUCAUAGUAAUGAAGUGGCUGAUGAAUGUUUCAAGUUGCAUCAAGAAUGGGAACCAAAAGUGCCUGAAAGUGUUGAAGAAUUGCCUCCAAUGGAAGAAAUUCCACCUUCUGUCGAGGAUCAUCUUCCGAACACGUAUAUAGACCUCACAAAAGAUCCAGUCACUGAGACCAAAAACUUAGGGGAAUUUAUAGAAGUAACAGUUUUAAAUAUUGAUCAGUUGGGAUGUUCUGGAGGCAAUCUGGAUCAAAAUACUCCAAUAUUAGACAAUAUGCAGCCUGAUACUGUAGAUGCUUUUAUUGAUUUGACACAAGAUGUUUCAAGCGAGAGUAAAAAUGAAGGUAACUGUCCUGCUUUACCUGUUGAAGGCUUGGGGUGUCAGGUGAUAUGUGUAGAUGAAGAUAAUAGUAAGGAAGAAAAGGUGGAAGUGGCAAGCAGGCCUUUGGAAAGCAUUGUUGAGGAAGCCUAUAUUGAUUUGACCUCGGAAUCUCCCAGUUCAUGUGAAGUAAAAAACGAUGAUGUAAAAUCAGAGCCAGCAUCAAAUUCUGGUAGUUCAGAGUUGCCUGGGGCUUUGGAUAAUGCUCACAAAAAGAGAAAAAACUUUUCUGAUCUAAAUCAUUCUUCUCAGAAAAAACAGAGAAAGGAAACAGACUUAACUAGUAGGGAAAAGACCAAAAAAAUUACCCAAGAUUCUGGGCAGAAUGGUGAAGCUCAUCGAAAGAAAGCCAAUAAGAAAAAGGCCCCUACAGUGACUAAAGAUCCCUCAUUAAAGGCAAGCCCAGGGAUUAAGGAGCCGUCAGCAGCAGCUGCUCCUGCUUCAACAGGCCUUUCUGCAAAGAAUGUUAUUAAAAAGAAGGGGGAGAUUAUAGUUUCAUGGACAAGAAAUGAUGACCGGGAAAUUUUAUUGGAAUGUCAGAAAAGAGGCCCAUCAUUGAAAACAUUCUCUGAUUUAGCUGCCAAGUUGAAUAAAAAUCCAUAUCAGGUCUCAGAAAGAUUCCAGCAGCUAAUGAAGCUCUUUGAAAAGUCAAAAUGCAGGUAGUUAAUGGUUACACUACAGGAGACUAGUAAAGUAAAUGUUUGACACUGUAACGGUGCAGUUAAUGGCCUGUUAGCCUUUGAAGAUGUGAGUAGUGGGUGAGAGACAUCCAGUUGAGUUCCUGCUUCGGUCACGGGUUGGAGGAUGUUGCUCGUGCAGGCUUCUGAGGUCACCUCAUCCACAGGAACAUGCUCAGAGUGAAGCCUGCUGCAGUUCAGAUCAGCAUGGCAUCUCUCCUCAACUUGCUGAUUGCUGAUGAGUCUAAGGUGGGGGGAAAUCCAUUUGAUGAUAAGUUUUUUAUAGAUGAAGAAAAAUAAAACAUUCUUGAAUAGCAGUAUGUUUCAUAGGCGGUGAAGUCUGUGCAUUCAUUGUAAUUUAAUAUUUUUCACAUUUUUAAUUAGGAGUGCUAAAAUACUUUGAAAUACAAAACAUGUUCAUAAAUAUGAAAUCCAUUAUCAUCUGAAUAGAUGACAUGAUUUACCAUGUUAAAUUAUAAUGUUCACAGACAUGUUUCCUCAGUUUCUUUAAGCCCUUCUUAGACAGCGUUAUUAACGCAGUAAUAUUUAUCAGCAGGUUUUUUCCUGUAAGAUCCGAACCAAUUGCUUAAAUAUUUUGGACUUUUACAUAAGGAAAAUUGUAAAGCUGUUUAACAUAUCACUGUUUUUCAAUUGAUUUGUAGUCAUAAUUGUUUGAAGGCAAAACACCCAAUUUUAAAUUAAAUUAAGUUCAUUAAAUCUGAAUACAAACCAUGUUUGGACAGAGAUCACAGUGUGAAGCGUUCUGAAUAUUUGAGUUAUAAAUCUGUUUCUAGAUCCAAUGUAAAUUACUGUCUUUAGAUAAUCUGUUAAUUUCAGUAGCCCCUCAAAGCAACUAGUUUGCUAAUGAGAUCUUCAGAAGAUAUUUAAUAGUUUACUGCGAAGUUAAAAUUCUAUUUAUGUAAUUCAGAAUGUAAGAUUGAAUGAUGGGGAAUUUGCAGAAAAAGCUUAUUCUAAAGAACUUUUAAAAAAUAGUUUAAGGCAAAAAUGGCCUGAUUAUUUUUCAGAUUCAUUGUGCUUUAAAAUUUUCACUGCCUUUAGGAAAUUAAACUGAGUUUUUUGUUUUAACUGAAUGUUAUCUUAAAAUAUGACUUCCAUUGUCUUGUGAAGAUAAUGUGCAUUCAUGAAGGAAUUAACUUGUAUCUGGAAGUGAUGCUUAUUAGUUUGAAAUUCCCAAAUUUCAUUACAAAUCUAAAAUCUUUUAAUAGAUUUGGUAUUUGAGAUUUUGUUUGCUUGCAUGAUAGCACAAAUAGUGGGUUAUUUCCUUCCUAGCUUGUUUCUUAACUGAUUUUUUUUCCUCCUACUAUAGUCUCAUUAAAUUCUUGUCAAAAUCAGAGUAUAACAAUAAAGUUACCAAACAGA